CCCCGUCCUCUGCUGCUCACCUGAAGCAGCACAGCGGACACACACACAGGUAGAGGAGCCGGAAGAACAGGUCGACUCGUCAUCAUAGCACUGCUUUCCAUAUUAACUCAACGCGUUUCUGAAAUCACAACUGCGCCGUCUACUUUGUUAUGUUUUAAAAACGUGAUUUAUUUAUGAAAGUGCAGCGGCAUCGGAGGAAACAUGACAGAGCAAGGAAAGAAGUUUAUUCUGAUCGUGGGGGAUAUUCUCUGUGUCUUUUUAGCGGCUCUGCCAUCAGCCAUCCUGACGCUGAGGUUCAGUCCAUACCAAAGAGGAAUCUACUGUGAUGAUAAGAGCAUCAGCUAUCCCUACAGGAGAGACACAAUCUCCCAUGGAGCCAUGGCGGCCGUCACCAUCACCUGCUCCAUCGUCAUAAUCACCACUGGAGAGGCCUACCUUGUGCACACAAAGCGCCUGCACUCAAACUCCCAGUUCAACCAGUACCUGUCAGCUCUUUACAAGGUGGUCGGCACUUUCCUAUUUGGAGCAGCCGUCAGCCAAUCACUGACCGACCUGGCCAAAUUCAUUAUAGGUCGACCUCGUCCGAACUUCCUGUCUGUGUGCGCCCCGGUCAGCUGUAACGGCUACAUGCUGCAGAUCAACUGCACCGGCUACCAUCGCAAUGUGACCGAGUCCAGGUUGUCGUUCUACUCGGGCCACUCAUCUUUCGGAAUGUACUGCAUGCUCUUCCUGUCGCUCUACGUCCAAGCCCGGUUGCAGGGGAAAUGGACACGACUCGUUCGACCGACCAUCCAGUUUUUCCUGUUGGCGUUCUCUUUCUACGUCGGAUACACACGCGUGUCUGACUUCAAACAUCACUGGAGUGACGUUCUGGUGGGGCUGCUGCAGGGAGCCCUCAUCGCUGUGCUCACUGUCCGAUAUGUGUCCGACUUCUUCAAGGAGCGCGACCCCCCCUGCACACACACAGACACGGCAGAGAUCGAACAUCUUGAGCGCAAACCGAGCCCGCAGCCUCCGGACCCGCAGCACGGAAACCACUACAACUACACCGGACCUGUAUGAUCCUCUCACGGCAGUAGCAGCUACUCUUACUAACCUGGGCCUUCAGCCCUCUACGACAGCAGCUUCACUACCCAAGGACAUGUGACUUGUACAGAAAAAGAAACACCCACAAUGCAGUAACCACUAGCCAGGAAUCCAGACUAGACCUGCUCCACUCAGUGACAGCUUCCCGACUAUUUCUACAGCUUUGAAAACCCAGAUUCCCUAAACCUGUUGGAACAGAAGCUCCACCGUCCGUCUCUUACUUAGGGCGUGUGCUACGAAAAUAUGUGUGAUUGAUUUUGUUGUUCUCUGCGACAGUGUGCAAUGAUAUAUAUAUUUGUAUGUUGUUUUUAAAUCUGUGUUGCAUUUAUGAGGAGCGUUUUAGAAUUUGAUGCUGUGAGCAAAGACUGCGAAAGAGAUCUGUCAAUUUCAAAAACACCAGCCAAGGAUUGUUUCUGUCCUUUUAGAGGCUGACUGUUUUCCAUGGGUUGCUUACUGCAGUCAGAUAAGAAUUGUAUUUUACCUACACUGGAGCUCGAUUAUAUCUGCAUGUCCCUAUAUUUUACCGUCUUAGGAAGAUAAACCUGUGUAGCGGACUCUUUUAACUCAAUACCUGAUGUUGUAUAUUGCUAACAUUUAUUAUGUGUAUUACUGCUGUAUCUAAUAAACUGUGUAUCUUUUUAAGAA